AUGGGACCGAUCUCACUUUUCCUAGGCAUCCAAGUACAUCAUACACGAACAGGCUACUUCCUAUCUCAGGCUCAUUUUGCACAAAAGCUUCUACACGACGCUGGUUUCGCCGAUUGCAAAGAAGUGCCGACACCGCUCUCGCCCACUUCAACUCAAACAACAGACGGAACUCAUCCAUUCCAUGAUCCCACACUCUAUCGCCGCAUUGCAGGAUCGCUUCAAUAUCUAUUUAUCACACGUCCAGACAUUGCCUUCGCCACAAAUCGAAUAUGCCAGCACAUGAAGAAUCCCACCGACCAAGACUAUCUAUCUCUUACCUGGCUUCUCCGAUACAUCAAGGGGACCGUCUCCUAUGGUCUUCCACUCACCACCGGCGACCUACAACUUCGUACCUACACCGACGCCGAUUGGUCCUCCAACCAAUCGGACCGCAAGUCAAUCUCUGGGUUCUGCACCUUCCUCGGACCAAAUCUCAUCUCCUGGUCCGUCAAGAAACAGAUCACCGUCGCCACAUCGUCGACCGAAGCUGAAUAUCGGUCACUCUCCGCAGCCACUUCGGAUGUAAUCUGGCUCCGACGUCUAGUAUCCGAACUUCAUCUACCGCAGACGCAACCGACACCAAUAUACUGCGACAACCAGUCGGCCAUUGCCAUUACCAAGAACCCGGUAUUUCACGCGCGAACAAAGCACAUUGAAAUCGAUUAUCAUUUCAUCCGGGAACAUCUCAGCAAUGCCAACAUACAAAUACAUCAUAUUUCCUCAAAAGAUCAAGUGGCGGACAUCCUGACCAAACCCUUUGCCUCGGCUCGGUUCAACGAUCUUCGCUCCAAAUUAACAAUUCACAGUAUGAAUUAUUAA